GGACCCCGCGGGCAGAGACCCCGUGACUCACGGGGAGAGCACUUUUUUGGGGGCGCUCUCCGAGCAGGUGACCUCGAGGGUGUGCGGAGACGCUGAUAAGUCAAAGGGCUAAAGCGACGUGUUGGUGAGGUUGUAAUGGCCGCAGGGUUUGGGACAUUUGCGGGACCUAGAAGGAGCCGGAGAGGAUUCAGUGGGCUUCCCAGCCGCCCGCCGCACUGCCGGAGGGGCGGGUCUUGGGGGAGGAGGCCUGGAACCGACCCCUGGAUCCGAGCCCCGGGCCUGGUGGUCAUUCUUACCAGGCCGCGCGGCCUGUCACCCUUGGGCUGGGCGGGUCUGAGCUCCCUGUGUGUCCCCGCUGAGAAGGCACCAUGUGCCAACACCCCGGCGCAUCGGGUCAGAGCGGGGGAGGUUUCCCAGACUCUCUUAGCCUGAGCGGGUCUCUUGGACACACCUCCAAAGACACCCCUCAAGCGGGCUCCGCGACCCAAAGACGCUCGAGCAGGCUUGGUCCGGGUGCGAAGCCACCCGCAGAGGCUCCGUGCGAGUAAACUGCAGUUUGAGUGCAGUCCUUCCUGAUCCUCCCGACAUCGCCGUGUCCAGCCACAGUUACCUCGGAUGCCUGGUGAUCCUCCCACAGGAUGAAUUAGGGCUUGAAAAGACUCUUGCCCACCAGCAUGGAGACUCGCCUGCCUGUGUCCGGUGUGCAGGGCCCCUGCGUGCCUGUGGAGAGGCAGCCACGCUCAGCCAGGAGCGGUGGAGACCCUGACUCAGAGGAAGGGUCAAGCAUGGAAGAAAUUGGCUUCAGCUGGGGAGAGUACCUGGAAGAGAUGGGUGCCAGUGCGGCACCCCACACCUCCUUCAGACACGUCGAGAUCAGCAUCCAGAGCAACUUCCAGCCGGGGAUGAAGCUGGAGGUGGCCAACAAGAGCAACCCCGACACCUACUGGGUGGCCACAGUCAUUACCACGUGUGGGCAGCUGCUGCUCCUGCGCUACUGUGGCUACGGGGAGGACCGGCGUGCAGACUUCUGGUGUGACGUGGUGAUCGCCGACCUGCACCCUGUGGGGUGGUGCACGCAGAACAACAAGGCCCUGAUGCCCCCGGAUGCAAUCAAGGAGAAGUACUCAGACUGGACAGAGUUCCUCAUCCGGGACCUGACUGGCUCGAGGACGGCCCCGGCUAGCCUGCUGGAUGGUCCUCUGCGAGGGAAAGGCCCUAUAGACCUCAUUACAGUUGAUUCCUUAAUAGAACUUCAGGAUUCUCAGAACCCUUUUCAGUACUGGAUAGUUAGUGUGAUUGACAAUGUUGGAGGAAGAUUACGACUUCGCUAUGUGGGAUUGGAGGACACUGAAUCCUAUGACCAGUGGUUGUUUUACUUGGAUUACAGACUUCGACCAGUUGGUUGGUGUCAAGAGAAUAAAUACAGCAUGGAUCCACCUUCAGAAAUCUAUCCUUUGAAGAUGGCCUCUGAGUGGAAAUGUGCUCUUGAAAAAGCUCUUAUCGUUGCUGCCAAGUGUCCCCUUCCUGUGGAAGUAUUUAAGGACCAUGCGGACUUGCGCAGCCAUUUCUUCUCAGUUGGGAUGAAGCUGGAGAUGGUGAGGACAAGUGAUCCCUACCACAUCUGUCCUGCCUCAGUGACCAAGGUUUUCAACAACCAUUUUUUCCAAGUGACUAUUGACGACCUGAGGACAGAGCCCAGUGGCCUCUCCAUGCUCUGCCACGCAGACUCUGUGGGCAUCUUACCGGUGCAGUGGUGUCUGAAGAAUGGGGUCAGCCUCACCCCGCCUGAAGGUUAUUCUGGCCAGGACUUCGACUGGGCUGACUAUCACAAGCAGCAGGGCUCUGAGGAGGCGCCACCCUUCUGCUUCCGGAAUACGGCACUCAGUCGGGGCUUCACAAAGAACAUGAAACUGGAGGCAGUGAACCCCAGGAAUCCCAGGGAGCUCUGCGUGGCCUCCGUGGUCAGCGUGAAGGGGAGAUUGAUGUGGCUGCACCUGGAAGGCCUGCAGACCCCUGUCCCUGAUUUCAUAGUUGACGUGGAGUCCAUGGACAUCUUCCCCGUGGGCUGGUGUGAAGCCAAUUCCUACCCUCUGACCACACCCCACAAGACUGUUGCACAAAAGAAAAAAAAGAUUGCUGUUGUGCAACCAGAGAAACAAGUGCCAUCCACAGUGCCUACUGCUGAGAAAAUACCUCACGACCUGUGCUUAUUUCCUCACCUGGACACCUCAGGUCCAGGCAAUGGGAAAUACUGCUGCCCUCAACUUUUCUUCAACCACCGAUGCUUCUCGGGUCCUUACCUCAACAAAGGCCGCAUCGCCGAGCUGCCACAGUCCGUGGGACCUGGCAAGUGUGUGCUGGUCCUUAAAGAGGUUCUGAGUCUGCUGAUCAACGCAGCGUACAAGCCCGGCCGUGUGCUCCGGGAAUUGCAGCUGGUGGGUGAGCCCCACUGGAACUUCCAGGAGGAGACACUCAAAGCCAAGUACAGAGGCAAGACCUACAGGGCCGUCGCCAAGAUUGUACGCACAUCUGACCAGGUGGCUGAUUUCUGCCGGCGGGUGUGUGCCAGGCUGGAGUGCUGCCCCAAUCUCUUCAGCCCCGUGUUGGUCUCUGAACGCUGCCCAGAAAAUUGCUCUGUCCACACCAAGACCAAGUACACCUAUUAUUAUGGAAAGCGGAAGAGAAUUGUCAAACCCCCUAUUGGGGAGCUCACCGUGGACAGUGGACACCCCAAGCCUGCCCGGCGACGGAAGCGGCGGAAAUCCAUAUUUGUGCAGAAGAAGCGGAGGUCAUCCACCUCGGACCUUGCCGGGGGCUCAGGGGAGGAGAGUGAGGAGGACGAUGCAGAUGCAAUGGAUGAUGACAGUGCCAGUGAGGAGACUGGUUCUGAGCUCCGGGAUGAUCAGACAGACACCUCCUCUGCUGAGGUCCCCUCCUCCAGGCCACGGAGGGCUGUUACUCUGAGGGGCAGCACUGAACCCGAGCACCAGCUACCCUUUGAGAGGACACGCCGGGGACGCAGAGUCCAGCCCCCUGCCUGCACCCAGGGGGUCAUCAAGGGGCCUGCAACUGACCAAGAUACCACUGAGGUGGCCCCUGCCCUUCCUCUGCAGGAUGCCCAGCAACAGGAGGAGGAAAGGCUGGUCCUGGACAGCAACCCACUGGAGUGGUCGGUGACAGAUGUGGUGCGCUUCAUCAAGCUGACGGACUGUGCCCCUCUGGCCAAGAUCUUCCAGGAGCAGGACAUCGACGGCCAGGCGCUCCUGCUGCUGACGCUGCCCACUGUUCAGGAGUGCAUGGAGCUGAAGCUGGGCCCCGCCAUCAAGCUGUGCCACCAGAUCGAGCGGGUGAAGGUGGCCUUCUAUGCCCAGUAUGCCAACUGACCUUGGAGCAGGGUCUUCUCUGCUCGGGCAGCAGUCUUUGAGAACCAAGGUGAAGUGGGUGUUUCUGGAACGUCCUGGAAGAACAGCCAGCAGUGGGUUCUGCUGUGCUCAGGAACUGUUCCUGAGACCACUUUCCCACCCACCCUCCAUCCUGUGUCCACAGUGGAGUUUGGUGGGGACACCUUUCUCAAGCACAUUGCUAGGCUGUGAUUCACGUCCACACAGAGAGGUCAGUCUGCAUUGCAGAAAGCCAGGGAGGGGAGAAUGACCAUGUAGGGACUCAGCUUCCUGAGGGUGAGGACAUCUGGAGAGGCCUCCUCUUGGCAGGGUGUUGUGGGAGCUCAAGUGUCUCAAUACCGUGAUUUAAUUGUGAGCAGAUCUGGGAUGCUCCCCCCCCCACACACCUCGAGUCUCUUGGGAAAGCCUCAGAGUGGAAAGGAUGUGGUAGGAAGGAGUUUGGCACAAACCAGCAAGGUCCCUGUAGCAGGCAGGCUGGGGAGGGUCUCCCUCUGGGCCCCCAUCUCUUGAGAGACAUGAUGGGACACAGUCUGAGUCACAUGCCUCAGCUGAUUGCCAGCUCUGUGGUGUCAGGGGACAUGGGUUCACUAUGGACCCCCAGGAGAAGGGGGUAAGUGGUUGCCAGAGUGUAUCCAGGGGCUUCUGACCCUGGAGCUCCUGCAGCUCAUUUCAAUUUGGGGUCUCUGCUGCCAUCUCCUGAAUUCGGAAGCCACCUACAGAGAAGCUGCGUGUCAGCUCUGCAAAGUGGUGGCUGUUUGGAACCAGACGCUCCUGUGUCUGAGUCACAGGUUCAACUCCAUUCAACACACCCUCCACUGUCCUGAGAGCCAUGUCCAGACGCCUGGAUACUAUUCCCUACAGGAGUGGCUGUGCCCCACUAGUGCCCUUCCAUCAGUUUUGGAAGCUCCAGGACCUGACAUCGUACUCACCUCCUUCACAGAUUCAACCCAUUGUAAGUUGGAACUGUUUCUUGGAUGCACCCAGUCUGAGUGCCCACACUCACCUUCAAGGCUGCGUGUUGUGUGGCUGAGAUGUUUGUGUCUCCCCUACAGGAAAGACACUCAGCAUCUGGUGGACUGACAGCGCUACUGGGUGUGUGGCCAUGAGGAACAGCAGUGCCCUUGUGGUCCCUUCAGGUUUCUCUCUGAAGCUCAAAUGUUUCCAUCUGUCAGCUUUUGUUCUAAAGGGCUGAGCCCUGUGUCUCUAGCUCUGUCCCUCACUGGAAAGGGGGUGUCUGUCAGAAUUGGGGGUGAGCAUCUUGCCUGUACUGCCUCAUUUCCGAAUCUCUGCUGUGGCCUUUGCAACCAUUUGUAACAGAGACAGGGAACUUGGUGGCUGCCAACUAAUACCAUCCUCUGCCCAUUCUUGUGAUGGCAUGAAGGAACAGGGGGAGACUGGUACCUUCUCUUUUGGCCAUCUCUAGAACCUUUCAGGCCAUCCAGGAGGCCCCCGGGCAACUAAGGAAAGACAACCAAGCACCCAGUUGGAGCAGAUUCUCUGACGGUGCCUCCCCCAGCUCAGUCUCUGUGGAAACCAGGCAUGUCAUCAGUUCUGCGUGUGUCAGGAGAAGAGGCCAGCCAGGGCUGUCAUUGGGGACCUCUUCAUGUGUCCUACCCAUCCUCCAGGGAGCUCAGACAUUUCAGAAGCAAGAAGAUGCUCUUUCACCCGAGAGAGCGUGCACCUCAAUGUGCACAAGGCCCUGGGCUCACACACUGCGCCAGACUUGGAAACAUGACGAGAAGAUGCUUUUGCCUUCAACUUGAAGUUCUUGGGAAUUCCAACUCCCCUGUGGCUGGUGUCAACAGUAGGUCCUCUCCUGAAAGGAAGGAGAUGCUCACUGUUGGUCCCCCCUCGCCCCAACUUCUGGCUUAGAAAUAGGGCUGGGUCCCUGGAGUGUGUGGCUGUGUCCUUGCCUCUUACCACAGUAUACCUGAUUUGGCACAUGUACCCCAAUACCACCGCAGCUCUGAGCGAUACAUUGCUUGGACCCUAAAAGCACCAUGUGACCCCCUGCAUCCCCACUGCCUCUCUAAUGACACUUUGGGACCAGACUCCCUUCUUCUGGAUCCCAGGUCCUGCAGAUGGCAUGACUCCUGCAACCAGCCGAGAAGAAUCAUACCCUCUUCCUUCCGGGCGGAUACCCCUUGGCCUGUGCAGUGUGUUUGGCUUGAGAAGCAGAAAUACCACCUCAGCUAAUGACAGCCAUCCCUCACAACAGCACCCAAAACCAGGGAGUUUCAGCCUUGUCAAUCCUUGACUAUACUGCACUGGGGGAAUGUCCUACACGCCAAAAAUAUACCAACUUCCCCCCCCCAAAAAAAAAAAAAAGCAACGCAUGACUGGCAUCCCAGGAGAUCAUACUUGCUUUUUAAAAAUAAAAGAAACAAAUCUCUUGCCAGGGGAUCACAUAGCACGGAUAACACCUGCCGGUGUUAGAAUGGAAGACACUGGACCCAGGUGGUCAUCCCUGCACUCAGGUUGACUCCCUAUAUUCGCUUUGAUCUGUUCUUCGAGUUAAAACACCUCAUACCUUCAUUGCUGCCACCUCCCACCCUCCUGGAAGGUGGAUUUUUUUGGGGGAGACUGGUCUCUCUCCAUUUCAUUCAGAGCGUGUUGAAGAAAAGGCAAGCUCUGAGGUUUAUUUGCCUCUUUAUCUGCUACCAAACACCCUUUCCUAAGAGCUGUGUGCCCUUGUUUUGGAAGCACUAGAGGUUUCAUGCUUCCUUGUUAAACUACUCAUUUAUUUCUGUACAUAGAGCUCAGAGAACUCAGUCCUGUUAAAAACCUCUCUGUUGUGGUUUGAGCUUCACAGUUGUCUUUGGGCAAAAAUGGUGAGUCUAGGCUGCAGUAUUCUUUUGUCUUUAGAAAGCUAUGCUGGAGUGUGCAGCUGGUUGAAGGGGAAAUUAAAGUUAAGAGAUCCAUGGUUUUUAAGGAAGACAUUGUUAACGGAUUUGCGUGUGGUCUCUUGGAUUCAAGAACCAAAUAGCAGGAGAGAGCCACCCUUGGCAACUCUUAGAAGUCAUCGGCUUUCUUACUCAUUCAGUAUUUCUGUUCACAAGUUUUUCAGAAGUUGCUUUACUCUCUUUAAGGAGGUUGAAUUUUUGAAGUCGAUUAAUUCUCUUGCUUUUGUCACUCAAGGUGGCUUACAAGUAUCCAAACAGGAUGGAUAAAAUGGAAUCGUGCUAUUUCAGACCAUUUUAUUUGCCUAAACAAACCAAAACAAGGUGCUGCCUCUGUUAUGGUUGAAAAGGUCUCAGUUUCUGCUGAGCUGAUACUCAUGAGUCAGCAGUUUCCUGAGCUGUGGGUCUCCUGACUGCUGGUUCUGGUUCAAAUGGUCUGAUUGGGGUAUAGUACCAGUGUUUGUCUGUCACACAGCCACACUAAAGAAAAGGUAAAGUUUUGGAGCAGUCGCUUACUAGGAAUCACCUUCAGAUAGGAAAUCAGAGGCAAAAAUCUUGGAAAUGACAGAAAAACUAAAAUUGGUUUGUUUCAUUAUCCAAAAAGAAGUUGGCGUGAUGUGAAGAAAGCCUAAACUUUUCCUGGCAGUGAAGGGCAGAAGCCCUUUGCCACCCUGCAUUCCGGUUUGCAUAGUCUACAUUCAAGUUUGAUUCCUAUCUUGUGCAUAUGUUUUGGUGUGUGAAAAGGGGAAACAUUCAUGUUUUUGCUUUUGAGAUUUGCAGGUCAAAGGGCAUGUGGUUGGUUUGCUGUAAGAUUAUAUCCUGUAUAUAUGUCUUCAUGUAAAUAAGUGGAAGUCUAUUAUCAGAGUUAUAUUUUAAUUUUUAUUCUAAAUAAAAACACCCUUUUUACUUAAAAAAAAGUGUAAGCACCAUUGUUAAUAAAGCAGAAAUAAAUUUGGUGGUGGUAUUCAGAA